GAUUAUAUAUCAAGCACGGCCUUAUUUUAUCUUUUAAAUAAAAGAAGGGACUAUUAGUAAUAUAAGGAAAAGAGGAUAUAUAGUAAUGACAGAGUACUGCCCUUGUUCUUUGCCAUAUUUCCAAGUUGAAGUCAUCAUUGCCCUAUUUUCAAAAAUCUGAAUGUUUCUCUUUUAAACCUCAGUUACAAUUUUCUUCCCGCUUUAAUUUUUUAACCUUUUGAUUCAGUUCCGAAUUACCUUUCUUUUUCUUUUUUCUAUAUCUCUAUGAACAACACACUCCCCAAGCUAACAAAAGCCUCUGACAAGCCAGCGGCUAUCAAGAGUGUAUGUGUCUUUUGUGCAUCCUCUAUGGGUACUGAUCCCAUUUAUGCUCAAGAAGCUGAAAAACUCGGCAAAGCGUUGGCAGAAAACAAUAUAAGACUUGUUUAUGGUGGAGGCUCUGUUGGUCUCAUGGGCACCGUAGCAAAAGCAGUGCUUGAUAAUGGCGGACAAGCUCUUGCUGUAGUACCUGAACCACUCUAUAGACAUGGUAGCAAACAGAUAUGUGAAGCCAUUAUUGUACCUGAUAUGCAUACUCGUAAGCAACGAAUGGCUGAUGAGAGCGACGCAUUUGUUGUUCUUCCAGGUGGUUAUGGAACAAUGGAAGAAAUGUUGGAGAUGAUAACAUGGUCACAAUUGAACAUUCAUGCUAAACCUAUGGUCCUAGUAAAUAUCAAGGACUUCUUUGGUCAUUUCUUAGAUUGGAUCAAGCAUACUAUAGAACAACAAUUCAUUUCACCCAAUAAUAGACAUAUCUUUGUUUCCUGUGAAUCAUCUGAUCAAGUUAUAGACGAAUUGAAGAAUUACAAAGCUCCUGAUUCAAGAUAUGCACUUGAUUGGUCAAAGAGUGGCCACAAUGUUCAUUCUAAAUACUCUACAUUCAAUCCAUGCGAAGCCAAAGAUUAAUAAAAAAAGAAAGAGCAAUCGGAC